AUGCACUUCAUUAUCUCAUUCUACCAUUGCUACAAACAGAAUUUCUACCGUGUUCACUAACAUAAAUCCAAUCAAGUUUCAAUUCAAAGAGGAAAGAUGGCGCAAUACGGCAGGCAGACCGACGAGUAUGGCAACCCCAUCCGCCACACUGACGAGUACGGCAACCCCGUCCAACGCCCCGGCGGAGGCACCGACCCCUACGGUGCCACUGCCGGAGAGUACGGGACCACAGGCGGACGGUACGGCACUCACGCAACAGCUGGUACCGGAACUGGCGUAGGGAUGACUCAUGGCACCACGGGCACCACCGGGGCGUAUAAGACUGACCAGUACGGUGCCACCGGCACCACCGGGGCGUUUGGGACUCACGGUGUAGGAGCUCCGGGGACCACCGGAGCUCAUGGUGGUGCAGGCCUUGGUACUGGUAUGGCCACAGGCGGCGCCCACCACCGCCGCUCCGGCAGCUGUAGUAGCUCAUCGGAGGAUGAUGGGCAAGGAGGGAGAAGGAAGAAGGGGAUUAAGGAGAAGAUCAAGGAGAAGCUUCCCGGCGGCAAGACCACGGAGGAGCACGGCUACGGCACGACUGGCUAUGGCACUGGAACAGGCACCACUGGAGUGGGGUAUGAGCAAGAGCAUCAUGAGAAGAAGGGAAUCGUGGACAAGAUCAAGGAGAAGCUUCCCGGCCACCAUUGAACAUAUAUAUAUAUAUAGAUGAAUAAUGCUGCCUGUGUAUGCGUAGUAGCCAUAAUAAGCCAUUUCUCGGGGUGGCCUUUGUGUGUGUUUUUCUGUUUGGACAAGUCUUCAUUCUGAGAUGAAUACUGGAGUAUUAUAUAUCACUUUUUACUUUCCAAA